GAAAUUGUUGUGCGUACCCAGUUCUAUGUCUAUCAUCAUCUUUGUCCAGAGAUAAGGUGGUGUUUGAACUUAGAUUGCACCUUGAGAAAAAGAGAGAAUGCGCUGCAGUAGUAGAAAACUCGUACUCACUCCACCCGCCCCCGCGCAUCUAGAUUUGUCUUUUUGUGGGCUGUAAGACCCAACAGUAGAAUAACCAGGAGAGCCGGACGGGCCAUCACCAUGCCCUUACCGUCGAACAGGAGCACUCACAGCUCGACUGCAGCUGCAGCAGGGCGCGAGCCUGUGGUCGUGAUUGUUGGCGGAGGGAUAGCGGGCCUGGCCACCGCCUACGAACUCGUCGCCGGACGGCAAGGAACGAAAAGUGAGAAAGCCGACGAGCAGAUAAUAGCCGAUCGUGGAAAAAUCGUUGCUCCUGCGGAGAGGACCACACGACCUCUCGGACCACAAGAACAUCUUCACGGGGGGCAUCAGAAGACCCAUAUUGUCAUGCUAGAAGCCGAUCCCGAGCGUCUUGGUGGGCAGAUUAAAACCGCAAAAUGGAGGACAAGCUCUCCAGUUGUCGGAGUAACAAGCGAGGAGAGCUCCGCUUGCAGUCGUUCUUCAUCAUCUCCGUCUGCUGGUCGUGUCGAUCGCCGAGCUGCAAUUAUGUCGUCCCCAUUUCACCAGGCAGCAGGGAAAGAAAAAGAUGGCCAUGGCUGCUCUACUACAAUUAUCCCGCUGGAGCAAGGAGCAGAGGGCUUCGUUUACCUGUCCGAAGCCGUCUUGCGGAUUGCGCGGGAGAUCGGCAUCGAGGAAGAUGAGAUGAUUGCGCAACAAGUCGUGGAAACCGGCAAGCUGGUACGCAGUAAGGACGGCGGCCACGACAACCUGGAGAUCGAGGUGCUCGCGCGGGGCGAGGCCGCGCGCCGGUUAGGCUUCGGAGUGGACAAAAAGCACCUCGGGCGGGGACUGCGCAGUUUUCGCGGAGGGAUGCAAUAUUUCAUAGACAAACUUGAGACCUGGCUGCUGCGCACGAACCAAGUGAAACUGUGCAAGGCUUCCUCCGUCGUGCACCUAGAACCAUCUUGGGUGAUCCGCCGCACCGAGUGCGAUCAAUCGACCAGGGAAAAGCGCGUAGCGGUAAAGUAUCGCACGCACUACAAAACCAACGGCCGCACGGGCUGCUGCGAGCACGAAAUCACCGCCGACCGUGUCGUGCUGGCGUGCGGAUUUGAGUCUGCGACUGGUUUGCUGGACAAUGCAGCAACGACAAUCAGUUCUUCUUGCGGGGGUACUAGCUGCAAGGCACCCAUCGCGCCGAGAUCAUUGCAGCUAACCGGCAGAAGCACUCCCUCAACGUCGACAUCGUCCACACCACGGAGGACUGCAAUCGGGUAUAAAGUCGUGAAGCAAGGCUCUCCUACUGCACCAGCACUGACAGAGGCACCAGCGGUAGACGGCCCGCAAUACGAUGAUGUAGAUGAUGCAAAAAGUAGCUCAACGGUGAGUAUUUCUGAUUUGCUGGACUACUGUCGCCGCAGAAGGCCUGUCCCCAACAGCAACGUGACUGUUAAUCUAGUCGUCAGAGACACAAACGCGGAAGUUUCGUCGUUGCUUCCCAAAGUUUCCGGGCUCACCAUUGCGCCCGACCUACUGGAGGAAUGCACGAGCGAAACGGCUACAAACAGCGAAGAACAGAGCAGUAGUUCUUCAUUCCCGUCCUCGUCCUCUCCGCCCGCUGCAAUCACUGGCGCCCCGUCUUCGCUUCUUGCUUCUGUGCAGGCAGUUUCCCGGCUAGGAUUCCGUGCGUGUUCUUUUGUCACCGAAAAAUUUCCCCAACAGCAGCAUGGGUUCGAGCACGGAAAUAAGCCUGAAGGUGAAGAUUUACCUUCGGCGGUGGCGGCUGGUACAACAUCCCGAACAACAAAUGCAAAUCGAACCAACAGCCAUGAAAAACACCAACACGUGGAGUGCCGCAAGGCAAAUACUGAUGGCCAAGACCGGUACAUUGUCUUCCGAGUGUAUUUCAGACCAACUGGUUCGAAAACCACGACCUCGGACGACUUUUACUCGCAAGCCGCUCAGCGGUUUCUCGUAGACUUGCUCAGACAUGCGGAUGACCAGAAGCACAAGCAGAAGCAAAUCCGUGGCGCGCCAGGAGAUAAAGGAACAGCGGGAGGAGUGACAAAAAAUUUCCGAGAACAAGAUGACACCUACGAAUGUUCGGCUUGUUGCGCGGGUUUGCGUCACGGAAUUGCGAGCUUUUUCGCGCCGAUUUUGCCUGGUCGUUCUCAGGCACUUGCGGAAAAAGGGAAAGUGUGCCCGUCCGUUUCCCCGCGCCGUCGGAGUGCCACCACACCCGACUCAGAACACAGCGCAAGCUUCCACCCAGAAAUCGUUGCUAGCAUAGUUUCCUCGUGGCCGGAGGCUCUUCCGCAGCCGCAGGACUCUGAGUUUCGCGAGAAAGUAGGGGCCCUUUGCGCAGCAGCGGCGAGUGACCUUGGGAUUUACCUGGCAGGUGCUGGCUUCGUCGGAAGUGGUGUCGAGCUUGCUUGCCAAAGCGGGCUCACAACCGCACGAGAAGUGCUGGCAAACUUGCAAGAAGAUGAAGCAACUUCACUUUGAUUCUGCUCACUAUCAUGCAAACCUGGAAUUGUCCUGAACGGUGGCGUUGGCGUUCUUGAUGUUUGACGAGAUGAAAAUUUUAGCAGACAACCUCGUUGCUCCCGCCGUGCUCGUUCUUUCUUGCUUGCUCGUAAGCCUCCACCGAGUGAGCUACAUACUGUUUGUUCUCGUGGGCAUAAAUCCGAAAGUGCUGGGAUACUCGUCAAAAAGAAAAAGCUACACUUCUCAGCGACGGCUACAUUCUGACACUGCAACUGCUACGCAUGGGACAAGAUCAAAAUAUUCUAUUUGUAGUAGAUAGUAUCUAGGUAAUUCGAAGAGCUUGCUAAAGCGCAUGAGACCUGCUCUAAAAAUAACGCGCGCAACAAACGGAGCAUACUUACCCCUACGACAGGCUCGACGAGAAUCAAUAAGCCAGCAAUAAUCUGAAUUAGAAGCAGCAGUAGUUGCAAUCAAUAACGAUAUGCUACUUAUUUAUGCAUCAUGUUAGGUAGCCGUGUUCCUUGCCGUAAUAUGAUCGGAAGAACAAUUUUUUCACAAAAGGCUAUGAGUAUGAACAUGCAGAGAGAUUCGAUGCAUCGGUAAUGACGUUCACGUUUUUUCGAUGCCAUUGCAAACAAUACUUCAAGAGAGACUAUCGGGGAUCAAGAUCAUACAACCUAGUACCGUACUCGAUUUUGGGUCGUCAGCCACGUAUAUUGAGCUCUAAUAUCGACUUCAACUACUUCAAUUGUGACAGGGUCAGGGACAAUCAAUCUUUCUACAGUAGGUUUGAAUUUGUUUAGAAACCAUCGAAACUAAGACCUGUAAAUUUUUCAUUCCCCCUUUUCAUUUCCUCCCUCGUCUCACUCUGGUGUUUCCCUCAGUUGUAGUUUCGAUCCUCAGUUUCAGAGAGACGUUAGAAUUAGAAAGCUGAUCGCAUGCAGCUCUCUCCCCAGUCACCAUUAUGAUUUUUGACACGAGUAAGUAAGCACGAAACGCAGCGCAAUAAAGAAUCUAGUGCGUUAACUAAAUAUACUUUUGCUAGUUUCAGUACUGCACCAUAAACAAGCUGAGUCAAGAAAAGAUCCAGAAAGACGACGUCUUGGACCCUCUAGUAAACGAUAUUUAAGUUUUGAAAGAAGGUAGAAAAUUUUACCCUUAGUGUGGGUGUAGCGAGACUCGCUCGCUCCGCAGGCG